AGGAAAAGGCCAAUGACUUGAAUGCCCUUAAUGGCAGCUUUGAUUAUCCCCUGCGUCGGUGAUCAGAACAGCUCUUCAUAAAACCAUUCCUCUGUCAAACGACAUCGUAAAGACGAUGAACCAUUCAUUGUAAUUUUGGCGGACAAUCAAACCCUAGGAUUUCUUAUCCAGAUUCAGCUUCGAUUUCUCAGUCGAACCUGUAAUUGAUAUGACCAUCAGCUCAUCUACGAAAAAGCACGGUCAAGAUCAGCCUGAAAUUAGUGGCCCCACUCCCAAAUCACAUCGAACCAAAAUGGGCAAAUCCGAAGACAAUGAGAAAAAGAACUUGGGUAAGAAACUCAAAGAUGUCGAAAUAAGCGUUCCAAUAGUGUAUGGUAACAUCGCAUUCUGGCUGGGCAAGAAGGCAAGCGAGUAUCAAUCACAUAAAUGGACUGUAUAUGUUCGCGGAGCAACCAAUGAGGACCUUGGAGUGAUCAUAAAGCGUGCUGUUUUUCAGCUGCAUUCUAGUUUCAACAAUCCAACAAGGGUUGUGGAGUCACCUCCUUUUGAGUUGUCAGAGUCAGGAUGGGGUGAAUUUGAAGUUGCCAUCACACUUCAUUUCCACAGCGAUGUUUGUGACAAGCCUUUGAACUUAUAUCAUCACCUGAAGUUAUAUCCAGAGGAUGAGAACAGUUCCAUGUCAACAAAAAAGCCUGUUGUUGUGGAAUUAUACGAUGAGAUAGUUUUCCCUGAUCCUUCUGAGGCUUUUUUAGCGCGUUUGCAAAACCAUCCAGUAGUGAAUUUUCCAAGAUUGCCUGCUGGAAUAACCUUACCUCAUCCAAUACCUAUUGAGGAUGCAAGUAAAAGGAGGAGAGGUGAUACUAAAGAUCAUCCACUAACCCAAUGGUUCACAAAUUUCUCUGAAGCAGAUGAGCUCUUACAGCUUGCUGCAGCUCGUCAGCAGGUUCAAGCUCAUAUUGCUAAACUCAGACGACAGAUAAGUUUGAUAGAUGGGCAGCAUCAGCAGUUCAAAUCUUCCUCUGACCAGUAGAUGUACACAACUAGGACUCGAGAUUUUCUUUUGAUUGGCUAGCAGAUAAGCACUAUAAUCGAAGGAUGGGAUGAUUAUGUACCUGGUCAGCAGGUUGUCUCCAAAUUUAUUUUCCCCUUGUCUGCGCGAUGUUGUAAUUUUUCCCCUUGUCUCCCACCUAGAACAAAAGAAGGCCAAUUGUGCAUAAUUUAAUUGUAGAAGAAUAGAAAUUGUACCCUUCAUCUUCUAUUACGUUAGCUAUAUACAUUUAUUGUAGUAAUUAUCCCAUUGUGUGGGGCAAAGAAGUGUCCCGCUGGGAGAGACGGUUCUUUUGAA